GCUCUGCCCACGUCAUGGCGCCGGCGAGGUCGGUCGGCGCAGCGCUCUGGGAGGCCGCCCGCCACGGCAAGCUCGACGACCUCAAGAAGCUCCUCAGGCGCAUUAGCAGCGACAUUUCGCUCAAGCCCAUGCUCGAGUUCCGCCACCCGAUGGAGGGCACGACGCCGCUGCUCGCCGCCACCUUGCACAACCACGCGGCCGCGCUUCUGCUGCUCAUCGAAGCAGGCGUCCGUGUCCACGCGACGACGCGAACCAAGAAGAAGAGCACGCCGCUCCACGUCGCUGCGUACUAUGGCUACGACGCGAUUGUGCGGCUCUUGCUCCAGCACGGCGCCGACGUCUACCGCCAGAACGCGCUCGGUCUUUUGCCGCUGGACGUCGCACGCUUCAAGGUUCAGACGGCGUGCGUCGAUGCGCUUCUGCGUGCGAUGGAAGUGUUCCAGGCGCCCAUGAGUUAUCGCAACGCGGCCAAGGUCUUCAAGAGCUGGCGGCGCUGCUUUGUGCGGCUGCUGCGUGUCUCGGGUGAAAAAGCCACGCCGCAGUACGAGCUCGCGUUCUACCCGACCAAGGACAGCGUGUGCCCAACCAAAGUCGCUUGGUUCAACCCGCAAGUCUCUGUCCUGGAGGCCCACCCCGACGACGCGCUGGAGCUCCGGUUUACACCGGCGGCGAUCUGGGUUCCGUACCGUCCAUCGACGUUUACCCGCGACGUGGGCGCUUUGCCGCGAGCCAAGCAGCAACCUCGGGCCUUCCGCCUCCUCGUCGAAUCGGCAAAUGCGGUGCAAGAGUGGUGCAACAUUGGGAUUGUCGUGGCCGUGCAGAGCCGCCGACACGCCAACGCCGCCGACGUCUUUGUCCCACAAGCCACCAACCCGUAUGCUGACGGCAUUGCCGAGUUUAUUGCAGCAUCGCUGGCUGCGAACGAAAAGCAUCAAGUGCACGCAACCACGAGCCGUGCAGCACCGCCCAGUCCAGCCAGCAACCCCGCCAGUCCAGCCAGCAACCCCGCCAGUCCAGCCAGCAACCCCGUCAGUCCAGCAAGUAUGCCAUCGAGUCCAAUCUUUUCCCUGCCCUCAGCAUGCAAACCACCGAGCCCAGGAGUCACUCAUCGACCAAGCUCCCGAACGAAUUUGCCUUUCAACUUUGACAAGCUCGCCAUCGGUCCUGUGGCGGCACAGCCACUGCCAGCGUCUGCACCGUCGUUUCCGGGGUUGAUGGCAGCACCAAGCGCGCCGCCCCUCGACGAGACACUUCCUGUGCACGUGCGUGGGCCGCCGCCGUCGUACCGGCAAGCCAUCACGUCGCAUGCGAACGACGGCGCCGAGUGCAUCAUUUGCUUGGACGCCCCAAAGAACAGCGUGACGCUUCCGUGCCGGCAUCUUGCGUGCUGUAGCCGCUGCCUCGCACAAGACGUCUCGCUCUGUCCUGUCUGCCGCGCCCCCAUCGAAUCGGUGCUUCAAGUGUUUACUUGAUGCUAAAGUUAUAAACGUUCAACUUGUCUGCGUUCGCAUGAUACCCCAAUUUUGCAUUCCGAAAUAAAUAACAACAGCGACGACAACUACAACUACU